AUGUCAGGUCGCAAAGAUGGGGGUGACUCCUCCAGCGACUCUGCGGCGGAAGACAGAAAGAGGUCAAGAGAAGAGGAAGAGCUCGUGGCCCUGAGGACGAAAGUUAGCUCGCUGACGGAUCAGAUGAGCCAGCUAAUGUCGCCAGUGGAAGAUACCAUGAAGGCAAGCAAGGAGGAGGAGCCAGCUGGCACCAUGGUGGGUGCCGCUGAUCGCGGCGAUGCUAGGGAGAGCGCCGCCGCGGAGUCCACGAACGCCGAAGGAGGGGCACCGUGGACCGGGAGUGCGCAGGGCGGGAGGCACAUGCGCAAACCUGUUCGAGAGUCUGGCCCGUCAGGGCGACACAGCGGCGAAGCAGGGGGCUUUGUCCCCCAAGAGGGCGACACAGCGGCGAAGCAGGGGGCUUUGUCCCCCAAGAGGGGAAAGGAAACAGGGCGAAGGGCGCAGAGCAAGCGUACUUCGCCGACGGUGAGGGCCGCAGGGAGCGGUACUCAAGUAGGAGUCAGGGGCAAGGUCAUGGUCGUGGCGGCGGCCGUGGCCGCAGCAGCACUCGUGGCCGCGGCGGAGGCGGUCGCGGCGGCGGCCGCGGCGGCCGCUCAGGCGGAUCCGGAGGAGUCGAGGAGAACAAGGGAAGCAGCAGUGGAGGCGCCGAUGGCGGCGGUGGACUUCGUGCCGUGGUGUGCGCGCGGCGAGGGGUGGGGCCACACCAAAGAAAGGGGCGCGACGGAGGAGGCCGUCCUAGCGCAAGUGGGGGAGCAUGAGAGCGACGUGGACUCCGUGGAAGACCAGGCGUUUUGUGCCGUGGCAGUCCCCCCAGGCGAGUGUGGUACCGUUGGUGAAGUAGGUCUAGUGGGGGUCGUGGAACAAGGCCAGGCGGUGUACGUGGCCGACAGAGCGGCCACGUGCUCCAUGUUCCGAUGUGCAGACAACUUCGUGAACUACCGUGAGCGUGGCGGUUGGGUGAAGGGGAUCGGAGGCGACAAGGCCCCCGUUCCUCUUCUAGGAUACGGAGAUGUGACCUUAGUCCUGCAGACGGAAGAUGGUGGAGUACCCGUACCAGUACUGAAUGAUGCCCAUGUACCAGAGGCCCCCUACAACCUCCUCUCGCUGUUUUCAUCGGCGGAGGAGGGCCACACGUAUUCGGGGAUGAAGGGGGGCCUUACGCUGACCACGAAAGCCGGGGGGAAGGUGUGGUUCCCCCGGACUGGAAAGCUGCUGACCCAACGAGGCUAUCAAAUAAAGCCAACGCUACACAUCGCCUGUGCCGCACUCAUUGUUCCUGGCGAUGCGAAAGCAGCCAACCCCACUGACCUCAACGACUACCACCUCGCGCACGGCCAUGCACACGAGACAUUGCUCAGGAUCACGGCGGAGCAGCAGGGAGUGCAGCUGACGGAUGGACCGCUGCUACCCUGUCUUGGCUGUUCGAUGUCCAAGGGACAGGUGAAACCCGUCCAGAAGAGCACGAGCACACGCGCAGUUAAGAAGUUAUUUCGCGUGUAUCUCGACUUGGGGGGAAAGAUGAAAACCAGGAGCAUUGGUGGCAACUGGUUCCCGGAAGGCUGUGGUAGCAUGUCCGGCAAGGUGGUCAAUGUUGAGCGUGCCCUGCAUGGCCUAAAGCAGAGUGGCCGUGAGUGGGGGUUUGAAGCUGCCGAUGCCCUCAUCGAGAAUGGAUACGAGCAGUGCAGGGUUGACCCGUGUGUCUUCCGGAAGGUGGUGGAUGAAGAGGUCGUAGGUCUCAUCGUGAUCUACGUUGAUGACAUCUUAGUGGCGGCAGACGAGGGAGAGGGAGAGGAGGUGUUCGCUUCCCUCAACAAGAAGUUUCCGGUGAAAGAUCUGGGGGAGUGUACCUGUUACGACGGGUGUGCUAUCGCCAUGGAUGUAGAAAAUGGCAUCACCAAGCUGUCCCAGACAGCAUACAUUGAGAGUAUGCUGAAGCGGUUUGAUGUGACCACGACCGCUUUCACCCCUGCUGCCACCGAUGCCGACCUAGGGCCGAAGAGAGAUUACGAGCCCACGGUGGAUAUGCCUGUGAGGGAGGCGAUCGGAUGCCUGAUGUGGACGAAGCUGACGAGGCCAGACAUCGCCCUGCCUCUGAACAAGCUCAUCCCCCACUCACCCACCGGGAGGAUAUGGAACGCGCUUGUGCGGAUCAUGUCCUACCUGAAAUUCAAGAAGGACUUCGGCAUCACCUACGUACGGGGGUCAGGACUAGACCUAAGCGCGUUUGUCGAUGCCAGCUACGCUGACAACGAAGUAGACAGGCGUUCUACGACCGGGCUAGCUGUGACCGUAGGUGGUACCGUAGUGUGUGCAUCCACCAAGACGCAGCCAGUGACGGCUCAAUCGACCUCGGAAGCAGAGUAUAUGGCAGCCGUGGAGGGCGUGAAGGAAGCGUUGUUUGUGCGUGGCGUUCUGUCGUUCAUAGCGCCCGAGACGAUUGGGGCGAAGAUCAAGGUCCUUGAAGACAACAAAGGGGCUCUCGCCUUAAUCGAGAACCCGUUCAGCUCAGCGAGGAGCAAGCACAACGACGUGCGGUUCCAUUUCAUUCGCGAGCUAUUCAAGUCGGGCAAGAUCACUGCAGAGUAUGUUCCGACUGGGGAGCAGCACGCCAACAUGCUGACCAAGGUCCUUGGCAGAGAGAAGUUAGAGUACCACCGGAAGGCUCUGAUGAACCUACCGAUGCAGUGUUCUCUUGUUCUGUUUGGUUUAUGUGGUGGUUUUAUCACGUGGCAUAUAUGA